UCCAUCCUCAUUUCCCCGCUUUACAUACAGAUUCCUCUGCCAGUUACCAUCGUCGUCUUCGUCGUUAUCUGAUCGCUGCAAUAUAAACCCUUCCCUUUUUCUCCCAAAACGGGGACGAGCAAUCAGUCAGAUACACGGCGGAGCUUUAAUCCAACGCAGGGGGAGUUUCGAGGACAGGAGGCGACGCAUUCGGAGCUAGGUCAUGGCGCAGCAGCCGGAAAAGCAAGGAAGUGCGCCGGAGGAAGAGGAGAGGCCGCUGAUUGAGGAGGUGAAGUUUCUGGAUAUCGACAUGCUCUGUUCGGCGGUUGCAAAGCAAGCGCAUAAGGGAAAUUGGGGGAAAUUUAAUGGCUACAGCAGCGAAGAAGACGAUUUGGGCGCUGAGCAUUUCGAUUAUGGCGGAGGAGUUUUGAGGAUGUGGGAAGGAGAGCUAGUGUCCGGCUGCUUCGAUGAUCGCCGGAUUGCUCUUCAAUCCACCUGUUGUCCUUGUUAUAGAUUCGGCAAAAAUAUGAAACGAGCUGGGCUGGGUUCGUGUCUUCUUCAGGGAUGGUUUCUCUUGAUUCUUGCUGUCAUCGCCAUGUCCAAUCUGCUGGCGUUCAUGAUCACCAGAAGACAUUGCUUUCUGUAUUUGUCCAUUUCAUUCAUCGUAUCGAUCGGAAUGUACCUCGGAUAUCACCGUGUGCAGAUAAGGAAAAAGUUCAAUAUAAAGGAUGGUGACAGCUCUUUGGACGACUGCAUUUACCCUCUAAUUUGCCCGUGCUGCACUCUAAGCCAGGAAUCCAGGACAUUGGAGAUGAACAAUGUCCAAGACGGCGUCUGGCACGGCAGAGGAGAUACAAUAUGCAUCGGAAACCUGUCUGAAGACGCUCCUACUGCGCCCCGACCUGUGCAGCUGAGUCCACCCUCGAGAAUUCCCUAGCGUCGAAAACAAGUAUUUAUUCAUCAGAACCUCGGACCAAGUGAUCCUGUCUGGGGCGAUUGUCAAUGUUUGAUGGUGAAUCAGAGUUUAUUGCUGCUGCUAACUGUAAAUAUCAAAAGAUUGAUGUUGAAUGUUCUCUGUAAGCCUUGAGGGAGACUUGUUUCAAGAUUCUGAUCCAAAGUAA